AGGCCUGUUCGUUUGUAUUGUUGAACUUGCUGAAGUGUAUCUUUUUCCAUAGUUGUCUCUGUUCAUGGCAUGCUGUAAACAGAGAAAGUCAUUGAAAAAAAUCAAGCUCAGCAGGUAGAGCAAACACAAACAACAGGCCUUUGAUUUUUUUAUGACUUUUUCUGUUUACACCAUGCAAUGAACAGAGACAACGAUGGGAAGAAAAUCAAACAGCUCUAUCACGCCUUAUCCCACCACUAGUCAAGGUUAGUGGUGGUGAACACUAGUGAACACUUAUUCACAAACUUUGUAUCACGUGUUGCCUACCUUACAGUAUCCACUAUCCAUAGAAAAUCACAAGACUCGUAAGUGGGGACUGGUGGGAGAAUGAAUAACAAAAUUAUCAUUUAUACAUUAUUAAUCUCAAGGUUUAUUUCUACAUCUGAAUGAUUCCAGUAGAUAAUAUAAUCAGAACAGUGUGUGUUCUUCAAAAACGAUUCAACUACUUACGUGGGAUCAUGGAUCUUAGUGGGAUGAGAACAAACUAUAAUGACACACACACCAUUCUUCUUGAGAAAGAUCUGGAAUUCAAGGAGCCUCUGGCCUUGUUUGAUAAAUGGUUCAAAAUAAUCAAAAAUGAUCCAAGAACAGUUGAGCCAAAUGCUAUGUGUUUAUCAACAGCUACCAAAGAUGGAAUACCUUCAGGAAGAAAUAUUUUAUUAAAAGGAUACAGCAAAGAUGGCUUUAUUUUUUUCACUCAUUAUACCAGCAGAAAAGGACAUGAAUUAGAAGAAAAUCCACAUGCAGCCUUGACAUUCUAUUGGGAACACUAUAGCAGAUCUGUGAGAAUUGAAGGUACUGUAGAGAAACUUCCUUUUUCGCAUGCUGACGCGUAUUUCAACAAAAGACCCUACCAAAGUCAAAUUGGAGCUGUUUGUAGUGAUCAAAGUAAACCAGUUGAGGGAAGGCAUAUUUUGGAAAAUAAAAGAGUGGAACUGAUGAGCCAAUAUGGAGAAGGACAGGUGCCAAGACCACCAUUAUGGGGAGGUUAUUCAUUGAAGCCCAAUGCCAUCGAGUUUUGGCAAGGACAAACAGACAGAAUCCAUGAUAGAAUAAAAUUCCGUAGACCUAAGACUAAUGAACCUGAUGGAGUAUUAACACACCAGGCUGAUGAUGGUUGGAUAUAUGAAAGACUAAACCCAUAAAAAAAGAUUUAUUUAGGUUGAAAGUCUUUCCAAUUCCAAAUUAGAUAAAUUCUAUUUUUAUAAUUUCCCUGCUUACUCCUUCUUCACAUUUCCAACAUGUAGUGUAUUUGAAUACCUUCUGUUCAUCCAGAAAAUCCUGGAAUAAAGUUAUUCCACCACCUACUCCAAAAUAAAAUGACUUUGCAGC